AUUAUCACAGCCCUACAGACCCAUCACAAAAAGCCAUCGCACUGGAUCACAUCCUUCAAAAUUACAAGGAAAGUGAAUGAAGGUUGUCUGUUGGUAAACAUUUCAGUUUCAUUUGGAACUGUUUAAAAACGAGACGAGUUCUGUGUUUGUAGUUAAAUGCUGUUUAAUCCCUGGUUUACAAAUGUAUGGUUCAUACACGGAAGAUUUUUCUCAGCCAGAAACUAACAUGGCAGAAUCCGCGAUUGUUUUUGAUGAAUAUGACACAGUUUCUGAAGAUGAUGUUGACAACCACGGCUUUGGUCCCAUACCUGAAAAACGGCAGAAAAGAGCAGCUUUUGUGUCUGUUGGCCUGUCGUUUAUCAUAAUGGUUGUUCUGCUCGGAACAUUUACGAAACAAACAGAGAAAUUAUUCGCUUUCGAAGGAAACACAUCAUUGCUUCAGAAGGAUGAGAUGUUCUGCAAAAAGGACACACGACACGUUCAUGUUGGUAUCUUUAUUUGGUCCUUAAAUCUUGUUGGGAUCGUCUUGGGAGAGUUUAUGAAUCGAUUGUGUCUCGUGUUUGAAGAGUAUUUUCAUUUAUAUACACGGUAUAAUGGAAGCAAGAUGAGAAUGUUUUCUGCCUGCUUCAGUGAUAUAUCAUUUAGAGCAGUUUUCUUUGCUACGAUUGUCGCUUUCAUUAUCAUUUGUUCAACGCUGCUCUCUCAAGGAACAGGAUAUUUCAAGUUUGAAUAUAUUGAAAUUAUUCUCAGUGGCGUCGGAAGCAGUACUCUGGUUUUGUAUCUUCUCAGCAUGGAUACCUUGUCACGCGUCCAGAUAUCCUCCCUGAUGGAGAAUAACAAUAGACUUGUCGCGAAUGGCUUAGCAUGGUCCUAUUACUUCGGUUACCUAAGGUUAAUCCUGCCCAGCCUGGGAAGGAGAAUAUCAGAAUCGAAAUGGGCUGGUAUUUUGUCUUCCAGGAAAUUGUUUAUCAUGAUGCCUCGUGACUGUUGGGCGUAUGGAAAGCUUUCAGACGAGGCUAAAGAUGAUAAAAUUGAAUGUCUUGCAGAUGGAGUUAUCGAAAUUAAUGUUUCAAGAGCGGGGAUUGCAAAUAGAUCGUACCGUAACAACAUUUACAGGGUAAAAAUCGAUGAAUCUGAUUCUCCCUUGUAUGUCCUUGCUGAGUAUGCCACACCGCUCUGCUCCAUGCAUGACAUGAGUCAUUCAGCCGAGGCAAACCUGACCGUUGAAGACCGCGAUGAGCAAGCCAAGCUGUUUGUGCGCACGCUCGAAGCUAUCUUAAGAAAUCCAGCCGAUCCCGAAGCCAGAGAUAUGUGUGUUUUGGUUCCGUAUGCAAGAGGAAGGGGCGUGGAUGUUUCCAGAAUCCUAGCUGAUGCCGUCUUGCAAGAUAUGAAUGGAAACACUUCAUUGGAUAUGGAUAGUCUUGAUGGAGUUAACCAUGAGAACGAAACUAGUUUUAAUGCAUGAAUAAAAACACUUCAUUGGAUUGUCUUGAUGGAGUUAACCAUGAGAACGAAACUAGAUUUGAUGCAUGAAUAGAAACACUUCAUUGGAUAGCCUUCGUGGAGUUAGUAAUCAGAAGGGAACUAAAUUUGUUGAGGGGGAAUACCUCCAUACCUCUGGUUAAUAAUAUUAAUGGUUACUUAUAGAUGGGUUUAAUGAAUAGUGGGGACAUACGCAUAGGCUUGACUAUUAUUUAGAUAUUAUGAUAUUUAGUAAAAAUUGGGGUAAAGUUAUAAAAAAUU